AUGGCCGAGAUGAUUCUAAGUUUCGUCGUGGAACAAACUCUUGAUAGGAUCCUUGCUCUUGUCGCAGACGAAAUCGGACUUUUCCGGUAUCUUGGCCAUGAGCUGGAUCGCCUCAGAAACUCACUCGACGAGGUUCGUGACAUACUGCUGGUUGCUGAAGAGAAACAUGAGAAACUUAAAUUCAAGAGCGUGAAUCGUUGGCUGAAUCAGCUCAAAGAUGCGGCUUAUGAUGCUGAAGAUGUGCUUGAAGCGGUAAUCUAUGAGGAUCUUCGUCGGAAAGUAGAGAACCAAAACCAAAAAGAGAAGGUACACUAUUUUAAUCCACUCCCCAAAAUCACUCGUUUUACUAAAAAAGCUUGUUUUCGCACGAAAAUUGCUCAUAAAAUUAGGAAUGUGAAUGAUUUGUUGGAUAAGAUUAAAAAUGCCAGUGCUUUUGGACUUAAAGUCAUCACUAGAGAAAGAAUAGUGUCACAGAUCGACUUGAACCGAGUUACUGACUCGGUUCCUGAAAACCCUAUUCUUGGGAGGGAGGGUGAUGUGUCCAAAAUUGUUAACUCGUUGACAAGCGUUUGUCAUGAAGAAGUUCUUGCUGUCAUUCCCAUUGUGGGAAUGGGCGGUCUUGGAAAGACCGCAUUAGCUCAAUCCAUUUGCGAGAAUGUAAUGGGGAAUUUGUUUGAUGUAAAGAUUUGGGUGUGUGUUUCUGACAAUGCUAAUCACCAUAAAAUUCUGGGAGAAAUGCUGCAAACUCUUAGCGGAGACAAAGGUGGGUUAACUAACAACGACGCAAUUCUUCAACAGCUUGAAAAGGAAUUAGAAAGGAAAAAAUUUCUUCUCAUUCUCGAUGAUGUGUGGGCGGAUGUAUCCACUUGGUGGGAUAGUUUGAAGACGCGUUUGUUGAGAAUCAGUCGCGAUAAGGGUAAUGCCAUUAUUGUCACCACUCGUAGUGAGGAAGUGGCGUCUUUGGUGCAAUCUUCUUGUGAGCUUAGGCAUAAUUUGAAUGUGUUGACUGAUGAUGAUUGCUGGUCUAUUAUUGAGGAAAGAGUGAAAGCAAAUAGAAAAAUGUCCAUACCUUCAGAUUUGGAGGUGAUUGGGAAGGAGAUUGCAAGGAAAUGUAGAGGAGUACCCUUAGCUGCAAAAGUAUUAGGUGGGACAUUGGGUCUCAAGAGGGAAAAAGAAGCUUGGGUGUCGAUUAAGAAUAGCAAAGUUUUGGAUGCAUCCGAUCGUAAGGAUAAUGUGAAGUCCAUACUAAAACUAAGUUUUAAUCAUUUACCUUCGUGUUUGAAACAAUGCUUUGCAUAUUGUUCAAUUUUUCCUAAAGACUAUUUGCUUGAAAAAGAACAAUUAAUUCAACUUUGGAUGGCUGAAGGUUUUGUCGAGCCAUGUAAUGCGGAUGUGGGCGACCAGUAUUUUAAUGUCUUACUCUGUAACUCUUUCUUUCAAGAUGUGGAAAGGGAUGAAUACGAGAAUAUAGUAAGUUGCAAGAUGCAUGAUAUUGUGCACGAUCUUGCGAUGUCUGUUUCUAAGAUGGAAUUAUUGGCUUCAGAUAACUUUCCAUCGGGCGAUGAUUUAUCUUGCAUUCGCCGUUUGAAUUUAGAAAGUCAAAAUGCAUUUAGUUUAAGUGCGGUUCAUGCUAGAAAAUUACGUACCAUCUUCUUAUUGAAGGAUAUGGUCCUUAAUGAGUCAUUGUGGAAGUUAAAAAACUUGCGGACUCUAAACUUGAAAGGCGCUGUGAUUGAAGAAUUGCCAUCUUCAAUUGGUGACUGUAAACUGUUGAAAUAUCUCGAUGUUUCAGACACUGAAAUUAAAGUGUUGCCGGAGUCUAUCACCACUCUUUAUGGUUUGCAAAAUUUGGGAUUCCUUCGAUGCUGGAGGCUUGAGGAGCUUCCUAGAGAUAAAAUGAGCAAUCUAGUGAGCUUGAAAAAUCUUCAAUUUUCCUAUCAUUAUCAGAUGCCGAGUGGAUUAGGGAGGUUAACUUGCCUUGAAAGCUUGUCAUUAUUUGCUGUGGGUAGUAAUAGGGGAGAGAGCAUUCAAGAAUUAGAAAGCUUAAAUGAACUAAGAGGAAAGUUGACUUUAAUUCAUCUCGAGAAUGUUAGAGAUAAGGAAGAAGCCAAGAAAGCAAAUCUAAAGACGAAGAAGAAGAUAACAUCCUUGGAAUUUUUAUGGAGUAUUGGAUCUAUUGAAAAUAGCAACAAUGAAGAAGUAUUGGAAGCACUGGAGCCGCAUCCAAACAUUAAAAGCAUAAUGAUUAACUUUUAUAUGGGUGAAAAAUUUCCAGCGUGGGUGUUGAGGAUGCAAGUUCCCGUUGAAGGUGGUAGUUUCACGCUAUUUAAUAACUUGGUGGAGCUGACAUUAAAUGGAUGCAGUAAAUGUGAACAAAUCCCAAGCCUCGGAUAUCUUCAAAGUCUUAAAUAUCUCGAGAUGAGUCGGAUGGAGAAAACGGAAAUUAUAGGCAAUGAAUUUUAUGGCAUUGAUAGCGGUGGUGACUCAAAUAAUGGACAGAGGCUGUUUCCUGCAUUGAAAAGUAUCUCUUUAUAUGGUUUAGAUAAUCUAGUUGAAUGGAGAGCACCGGAGCUAGGUGAUAGUGAGGCAGUUGUUGUUUUUCCUUGCCUCGAAAAUUUGAGCAUCGAUUCUUGUUCAAAAUUGGCAAAGAUCCCAAUGAAAAGUCUUCCUUUAUCCCUCAUAAAACUGAAAAUUGAACAGUGUGAUCAGUUGAGUUUUUUAUUUGACGAAAUCCAUCCGUUCGCUUCUCUUAAAAGUUUGAAGAUGAUUGAAUGUAGUAAACUAACUUGUCUUCCAAGCGAGCUGCAAUCCUUCACAUCGUUGAAGAAAUUGACUAUCAAUGGUUGUAUCGGACUGACAUCUAUUCCUGAAGACUUGGGGAGAUUGAAUUCUCUCAUUUAUUUGGAAAUCAAAGAUUGUGAAAGUUUGAGUAAUUUUUCUGAGAAGAUUUUAGGCAGUCUCACCGGAUUGAAGAAAUUGCAUGUUGGAAAUUUCUCAGAAAAGCUGGAAGAUUACUCAUAUAUGAACUCAAUCCAAAACAUUACUUCUCUUGAAGAAUUAGAAAUAUAUGGGAAAAAUCUGAAGUCUCUUCCACAUCAAAUUCAAUGGCUCACUUCCCUCGAGCAUUUGGGUAUAAAUAAUUUUGAGAAAUUGGAAGCUUUGCCAGAGUGGUUGGGCAAUAUUUCCUCUCUUCAGAGCCUUGUUAUUUGCAAAUGUUCCAAUCUAAAGUUUCUACCAACAGCAGCAGCAAUGAAACGCCUCGCCAAAUUGAGACGUGUUUGGAUUCGUUGUUGUUCUCCAUGUCUCAUGGAAAGUUGCAAGAACAAGAGUGGCUCUGAGUGGGAUAAGAUAUCUCAUAUUAGCAACCUCUAUUUCUCAAUAAUUUAUAUGGUGCUGUCUUGUGCAAUGCAAAUUGAGCUUUUUCUCUUUAAAGAGGAAGCCUAUGUUGAAUUUCUGCGGAUAAGAAGAGUUCCUUUUCGAGAGACGAAAAUUACAGAUGAUGCUCCUGAUGUUGUUCCUGAGAUUUCCGUUUUCUGGGACAAUUCUCGAGAGAAACAACGGAAACAGAAUUUGCUAAUAAAGAAUGAAAAGAAACAGCAAGAACCGAAGGCCAAAAAGCCGAAAAAGAACCUCAAUGCUGCCUUCACGGUUACAAGGAAAAGAACAUGUAAGCAAAGACAAGCUGCCCAAACGGCUGAAGAUGAAGAUGAUAUGGCUCGAGAAUCGGUUACUGAAAAAGCUAAAGAAGGCUUUCUGCUCAGACCUGAUCGUAAAGGUUUAGAAAUCUGGAAGCAAGUUUUGAAGAUUCGCAUUAUUUGCACGAUAUUAGUGAACUUGUCAAAUGCGGACAUUGUACUGACAACAUAUGAUGUGCUUAAAGAGGAUUUAUUGCACGACUCUGAUAGGCAUGAAGGUGAUCGGCAUUUCCUGAGACUCCGGAAGAGAUGGAAAGAACUUGAAAUUGGGAGGUUGAGCACGGGAUAUGGUUUAUUGCAGCUCCCUGCAAUGCCCGAGGUAAAGCACUACUCGCUCUCAAUUAUUGGUUUUACUCCAGCUGAACACAUCAAAUGGGAGGAGAUCAAGUUCAAGGAUAAGUCUUGCGAGAAACAACGGAAAAAGAAUUUGCUAAUAAAGAAAGAAAAGGAACAGCAAGAACCGAAGGCCCAGAAGCCGAAAAAGGACCUCUAUAUAUGCUGCCUCCACCGUAACGAGGAAAAUAACAGAAACUCACUGGACGAAGUUCGUGACAUACUGCUGGUUGCUGAAGAGAAGCAGGAGAAGCUUAAACUCAAGAGUGUGAAUGGUUGGCUGAAUCAGCUCAAAGAUGCUGCUUAUGAUGCUGAAGAUGUUCUCGAAGCGGUCAUCUAUGAGGAUCUUCGUCGAAAAGCAGAGAAGCAAAACCAAGAAAACCAGAGAAAGAACAGUGUCACAGAUCGACUUGAACCGAGUGACUGA